UAUAGUUGACAUUCAGGCUUCAUACACAUCAGUCGAGUGUGAGCCUAGUGAAAGCAUUUUCAUUUUUAAAGCUGAUCGGAUUCGUCCGAAAAGCUUAAAACAGAUUGUUUCGUGAAUACGACGAGUAUCUGCCUGCCGAUAUGUCCGGGUUUCGCAAAAACUCCUUCGUAAUUGACCUUAGCGUCAUGCCAGUCAGACCGAAGCUGAGCGUAGUGCAGGAUUUUGUGUUCUCCAAAAUGACGCUUGACAUGAAUCUGGUCAAAAAUCUGCAAACAAGCAUCUCCAAAUCACAGGUCAUAAUAGAAGUGGACUCCGCAGCAUCGGCGGAACAAAUCAUAGCCCAGCACAACCUAAAACACUCGCUCGAACACGACAACCAGCUGUACCCAAUUCCUGUUCACUCAGUCGAUAACGCUAUUGAGGUUAAGGUGUAUGAUCUUCCCCCUCAUAUGCCCAACAAUCUCAUAGCGUCGCACUUCUCGCAUUUCGGGAAGAUCAUUUCUGUUAGAAAUGAUGUAUGGAAGGACUACUUUCCGGGAGUCCCAAAUGGAGUGAGGAUAAUUCGCAUGGAGGUACUAAAACCGAUUCCGUCAUACGUUCCCGUGGCCGGUGAGCUGUCGUACGUCCUGUACAGCAAUCAGACAAAAACAUGCAGGCAUUGCGCUCAAAAGAUCCAUAUCGGAAAAUCCUGUUCGGCUGCCCGGAAAGAAGCUACCACAAAUGCUGAUGAGUUUCCAACCUUAGCGCAAAUUGUCAGCGGUGUCGCUGACGAUUCUGCAAACGAGAGCGAACAUGUUGUUGAACUGAUGGAUGACAGCGAAUCUUGUGAUGGAUCAAUAAUCAGCGAGGAAAUAAUCGAAGAAACGCCCAUGAUGGAGGUCCAGAAAGAAAAACGAAAACCCAAAUCGAAAUCAGAAGCUGCCGGAAACUCCACCCCUGAGCAAGCAAUUUCUCCUAAGCCCUCAACGUCAAAGAAAACCGCUGAUACCGAAUCAGAAUUCGACCCGCAGGGAGGUCGAAAACGUCCACUUUCCCCCAAACUAUCUGAACCCGAAAAUCAUCAACCACCACGCAGUUCCAAAACGCAACGUCAACUUUCCAAGUAAUGUUCAUCAAACUUUUCUCUAUGGAAAAAUCGCCCAAAACUUCUAUCAGCCGUACAUCCAAUUGAUUCUCCAAACGAACACCAUUCCAACGCUGGAGCAACGCUUUCCUCCAAAGGUAAAAGCAUUUAGUAUAUGUUUAGCCGAAGCCUCGCUCGAUACUGCCACCCUGAAACAGAUGUCAUUCUCAACAGAAUUCAAACCACCAAAAAGGACAUUACGUUACCGGGGACAACUCAUCGCAAUCGCACUUCCUUCCAAGCCAUCCGAAGUCAUCGCUGGAGCCCAAUCUGCUUGCGAAGGUAAAAAGCAUAGUAUAUGCCUAGUCGAAGCGCCCACCGAUACUGCCGUCUCUGUCAAGAAAUUUUCACCACCCACAGGCCCACUGUGCUCAUCACCAACAUCAUCGUGCACAAUCAGCAUCAUCCAACGUCAUCUCCUGAACGUCAUCAUAACUACGCUUUCUUUGGUAUCGUCAAUUGGUACACUUCGGUGGAUCACUAUGAAUAGACACAACGAUAUUUUUGUUUUUGUCAAGACUCAGGUGAGCGUAUCGUUAAACAAACAAUCGGGUAUUGUGGGCUCGGCACGUCAGUGUGACAUAUACUGUCAUCCAGCUUAUUGCAAGAACUCAGAGACAGAGAACGCGAGUAGGAUAUUUGCUCUGUUUCGACCAGGCGAGCUAAGGUAUAGUGCAAAUUAGUGUCCCUGAUGGCAAACAUGGAUUUGAUAAGCUAUAAUUUAGCGACCAUUAACAUAAACAACAUAUCAAAUCAAACUAAGAUAGACGCAUUGAGCUCAUUUCUUCGGUUGAACGACAUAGACAUAGCUUUUCUUCAGGAAGUUGAAAAUGAUUCAAUUCAACUUGCUGGAUACGAACUGAUUUGUAACAUAGAUUCGCGUCAGAGAGGCGUUGCUUUUGCGGUUAAACCCAAUGUCGAGUACAGUGCGGUGCAAAAAUCUCUGGAUGGUAGGCUGAUCACAUUAAAACUAAAGAACAAUGUCACUCUGUGCAACAUCUACGCACCUACAGGUGCUCAAAGUACAACUGCUCGAGAAGAUUUUUUCAACACGUCUUGCGCGUAUUACUUGAGGAGUUGCAAUGGCCCCAUUAUUAUGGGUGGCGAUUUUAACUCCAUAGUGAAUCCAAAAGACGCAACAGGUGCUACACCUCGAAGCAACAUGACAUCCAGGCUUAUGACUUCACUGGAUUUGGUCGACGUGUGGCGAAAUGAUACCGACUUCACUUUCUUGCGUGCUGGAUCGUGCUCACGAUUAGACAGAUUUCUACUUUCAAGAGGCUCAACUGAUUGGUUGCGCACAAUUAAUCACUCAGUUAACUGUUUUAGUGACCAUAAGGCUGUUAUCAUGAGAAUGGUGCUCCCGAAAACAGGUCCUCUUAUCGGGCGUGGUUUUUGGCGCUUGAACACACAUGUUUUGGAUGAUGAGGAAACAAUACGACUAGUUCAGAAUAGGUGGCAAUAUCUAGUUAGGCAACGAUCAAACUAUCGCUCUUGGUGUUCUUAGUGGCUAGAUUAUGCCAAACCCAAAAUUGCUUCUUUCCUUCGUUGGAGAACAUCCUUACAAUUCCAGGACUCGCGAAAUACAAUGAACUUGUUAUAUGCCGAGCUUUCACGGGCUUACCAAUUGUACGUAAAUGACUCUGCGCAACUUUCUCGAAUCAACCGUAUCAAAAGUAUAAUGCUUUUGAAACAAAGGGAAUCUACUAGAAAUUGGCAAAACACCAACGAAUCUUUCAUUCAAGGAGAACCAACAUCUCUUUUUCAUCUAUCUGAGAAGCAAUACAAACGUUCGAGAACACUGAUUCGUGAGUUGGAGAUUGAUGGAAACGUAACCAAUGACGGGGGUGAAAUCGAACAAAAUAUAGUCUCGUUUUUUGAAAAUCUUUUUCAAGAUGUUGACCAAAAUGCAGCAACAAACGAUUUCCUACCAUCGCGUCGAAUCCCUGACAACAACAGUUUUAACGACAAGCUUAUGGAUCCAAUCACAUCGGACGAAAUCUACCUCUGUAUCAAGAAUAGCUGUCCAAGGAAAUCACCAGGAGAAGACGGGCUACCCAGGGAAUUCUACACGAAGUGUUGGAACACAAUACACCGCGAAUUCACUCUGGUUUUGAACGAGUUCAUACAGUCCCCUAACGUAAACCAAAAAUUCAUGAAUGGCGUUGUAGUUCUGGUAAAAAAGAAAGGGUGUUGUAAAACUGUGCAUGGUUAUCGUCCGAUCACCCUAUUGAAUUUCGAUUUCAAAACUUUCACCAGGGUCCUAAAACACAGAAUGACACCACUGAUGGAGUUAGUACUGUCAAAACAUCAAAAAUGCUCAAAUGCACAGAAUAAUAUCUUUCAGGCUACACUGAAAAUUUUAGACAAAAUUGCUUCCUUAAAACACCACCGACAAUCAUCUAUGCUGGUAUCUUUUGACCUUGAUCAUGCGUUUGAUAGAGUCAAGCACAGCUUUUUACUAGAGACUAUGCAACACAUGAACUUCAACGCACAAGCAGUAGAACUACUUCGAAAUAUAAUGGAAAACUCUUUCUCCAGAGUACUCAUAAAUGGCAAGUUAACUCGACCCUUUCGAAUAUGUAGGUCGGUGAGACAAGGAGACCCCUUAAGUAUGCUCUUGUUCGUGUUAUACAUGCAGCCAUUAAUUGACAAGAUUGUUGCUGCCGGUUGUGCCGGGGACGCACUCAACGUGUAUGCGAAUGACAUUAGUAUCUUUGUUCCUGAUUAUCGGACGCUUCAGCAGGUUGUGAGAAUCAUACAUGAUUUCCGGAAUGUUUCAGGGGCAAUUCUCAAUCUUCAGAAAACGUUGGCUCUUAAAAUUGGUGAAAUGCCAUCACAAGAUUCGAUGCAGUGGCUAAACUUCGUAAGCUCGAUUAAAAUAUUAGGAAUAUACUUCACUGAAAAAGUGAAAGACACUAUGGAGAAAACCUGGACAAAUGUUAUCAAAAACUUGAAAUGGCGUCUUUGGAUGGGGAGAGCGCGGUCGUUAAAUCUGCUUCAAAAAAUCACAUUGAUAAACACCUUUGUAUCAUCAAAACUAUGG